AUGACGCGCAUCUCAACGCGUCUGUAUGUUGCUUUGUACCCUAGUGGGGUUGUCAACAAUGAAGAAAGGAGAUAUCACUGGGCGUUCCUAAUUGGACCGAAAGCGGAAAAGGGUGUAGAUACCCCCGGUGUUCGUUAUCAUGUGAAGAACCACCCUAUCACCGGAUGGACGUACGAAGAGAAGAUUGUCAACGAUGUCCGAUCAACGAACACUUUACUCGCCCGUAUUGUCAUUGCAAAGGUGCAGAAUGAACGGCGUCUGAUUGAGCUUCUUCGCAAUCUUUCCGUCGUCAACGGGGACCCAGACUGGAGAUGUCGUACCUGGGUUGGGCAGGCUCUAGCAGGGAUUGCCAAAGACGGAGAGUGCGUGGGUUCUUCUCAGCUAGAUUGGGAGACCAUUGAGGCGGUUUCAAGGCAAUACGUUGCCCAGAAAACUGCUGCAGGGAGGUAUACAAAAGCAGAGGACAUGUUGAAACCUAAACCAACUUAUGAUUUGCUCGAAGGAAAGGAGACCGUCCCUUAA